AUGGGGAAGAUCGCAGCAAUGGAGUACUUCCGCGUUCCACCGCGGUGGCUGUUCGUCAAAAUCACGGACGAAACGGGCGCCAUGGGGUGGGGAGAAGCGUCUCUCGAGGGCCACACUGAGGCUGUCGAGGGAUGUCUUGAUUCGUGGUUUGAGAGGUAUAAGGGGCUGGAAGCUGAAGACAUCGAAAAUAUCUGGCAGCUUUCUUGGCGUGGGAGCUUCUACCGUGGAGGACCGGUAUUCAUGAGUGCGUUGUCUGGCAUUGACAUUGCGCUAUGGGAUUUAAAAGCCAGGAAGCUUGGAGUGCCGAUAUAUCACCUACUUGGUGGCAAGGUCCGAGACAAAAUCCGAGUCUACGCUUGGAUUGGCGGUGACAGGCCCAGUGAAGUCGAAGUUCAGGCCCAGGCCCGCAAAGACCAGGGGUUCCACGCGGUGAAGAUGAAUGGCACGGGAGACACAGCAUGGCUUGAUUCACCAUCGGUGUUACAAGAAGUCGUUACCCGGCUGAAAUCUGUGAAGGCAUUAGGUCUCGACGCGGGGGUUGACUUCCACGGACGAGUGCAUAAGCCCAUGGCCAAACGCCUCGCGAGAGCGCUCGAACCACAUGAACCACUCUUCAUCGAGGAGCCUCUCCUCUCGGAACACAUCGGAGCUAUCAAACAGAUUUCCGAACUGACUACCAUCCCGAUUGCUCUCGGCGAGCGACUGCACAGCCGCUGGGAUGUCAGGCCCUUCCUGGAAAGUGGCUGUGUGGAUAUCUUGCAACCGGACAUCUGCCACAUUGGUGGCAUAUCGGAGAUGAAGCGCAUCGCAGCCAUGUGCGAGAUCUAUGAUGUCGGUGUUGCGCCGCAUUGCCCGCUGGGUCCGAUCGCUCUUGCAGCCAAUAUGCAUGUGAAUGCGACCAUGGCGAAUUUUGCUAUCCAGGAGAUGGGUGUUGGUAUGCACUAUAACAAUACUGGACAGGAUAUCACCAGCUAUAUCACCAAUCCGGAAGUUUGGAAAGUGCGGGAUGGAAAUGUCGAUGUGUUAUCUGGUCCGGGCUUAGGGAUUGAGAUUAACGAGGCAGAAGUGAGGCAAUUAUCUGUUGGUACGAAGGCCUGGCAAACCCCUGAAUUUCGAGGGCCCUGCGGAGAACUGCGAGAAUGGUAG